AUGUCUGGUGUAAGACCAGCUUCCGUUUCGACAAGCUCUCUGCACUCAGAUGAUUCUUCGUAUACCGUAUUUAAUGAGGGUGUGGUCUUUGAGCAAUUCAAGUUAGCUGAUGUUCCUAAACUAAAAUCUAUAUUUUUUGCUGUUUUUGAUAACUAUUAUGGGCCUAAGAUAAAAUUUCAAGUACCUGCAGAAGUUGUUACUGACAAGAAGUUUUUAUCCUUUUCACCCGCUAUUAUUCCAAAAAAGGAGUUACUAAACAAACUAAUCAAAAUUAACUUAGUCGAAUACAAUGUAAUUGGUUAUCCAAUCAUGAUACAAUCUCAAAUGUAUGAAAGAGAAAAGCUCAUGUUUAAUCUGUGUUUUGUUGUUGAUAAAGAAACUAAUUUGGAUUGUGUCUACGAACCAAUUGUCCAGAAAUGUGCCCAAUACUUACGAGAAUUGGAGCAGGAGUGCCAGUUUGUCCAUAAUCUGGUUAUAAGUAAGAGUGAAGACAGUAAUUUCCCUGGCAUUCUACUACAGAUUUUCGAUGAUUUGAACUCGAGAGGAACUUGCUUGCUCAAUGUCGAAGGUACUAUGACCAGUAUGUAUUUGAAGCUCUGUCCAUCCUAUCGUGGAAUUGAACCUCCUAAGAUAAGUCAAUAUAUGGUACCCAUGUUCAUCAGACAAGUUGAUUUGUUCGAAGAGAAUGGUCUCAUUGACAGAAUGGAUGUUCUUUCACAGAAGAUUAUACCCAAGAUUGAUGGAGUCCGGUGCAUUUUGGAAAUAGCCCAUGAGGUCGAUAUUGAUCCAGAUCUAGUCUCCCGUUGUGUUAGAAAUUUAUAUUUUUACGAGUUAGUCGACACGGUUCCAUUAUUUUUGUAUUCAAAUACUUACGUUGCUACAGAGAAGUUGCACAAUUUUUAUUGUAAUGAGUUGGAGAAACAGAUGUGUCUCGAGUUCGUUCGUAUUCGAGAUGAUAAAAACGAAAAAUUGCCAAUGCCACUGUUUUCCGAUGUUUUCCGUUUAUAUAUGAGUUUGAAGGCUGAUAUAAAUUUGGUGAGGUGGUGUGAAGAGAUGCAGCCUCGAACCUAUAAUGUGGAUGAGCGUAGGUUCAUCCAAUUCGGGAUGCAUCGAAAGUUCUUGAGAAAAUUAUCCAUAUAUCCUAUUUCUGUAUCAACUUGCUCGAAUGAAACCGAGAGCAGGAUUGUGAGACUGUGCAAUGGAACAAAUUCCUUAGAAGAUCUGGCCAUUGUUUAUCGUAUGGCUCCAGAUGAUCUUUUGCAGAUCUUGCAAGAAAGUAAAAAAUUUGCUUUAGUCAGCAAAUAA